AGGAGGGAGCGAGUGGGCGGGGCCGCGUGGCGUCAGCGCAAGAUGGCGGCCUCGGCGGCGCUGUUCCUGCGCUUGUGGAGCGAGCUGCGGCUCGGCGCGCGGGGGCUGUGCGCGAGGCUAGCGACGCCGCCCCCUCGGACCCCGGACCAGGCCACAGAGAUUGGGAGCCGCACGGGCACUAAGGCCCAGGCUCAGGGUCCACAGCAGCAGCGAGGCACAGAGGGUCCCAGCUACGCCAAAAAAGUCGCACUCUGGCUUGCUGGGCUGCUCGGGGCCGGUGGGACUGUAAGCGUCAUCUAUAUCUUCGGAAACAACUCUGUGGAUGAAACUGGCGCCAAGAUUCCCGAUGAAUUCGACAAUGAUCCAAUUCUGAUACAGCAGUUGCGCCGGACUUACAAAUAUUUCAAAGACUAUAGACAGAUGAUCAUUGAGCCCACCAGUCCCUGUCUCCUCCCUGACCCUCUGAAGGAGCCAUAUUACCAGCCACCCUACACACUGGUCUUGGAGCUAACUGGCGUCCUCCUGCACCCUGAGUGGUCGCUGGCCACUGGCUGGAGGUUUAAGAAGCGUCCGGGCAUCGAGACCUUAUUCCAGCAGCUCGCCCCUUUGUAUGAAAUCGUCAUCUUUACGUCAGAGACUGGCAUGACUGCAUUCCCGCUCAUCGACAGCGUGGACCCUCAUGGCUUCAUCUCCUACCGCCUGUUCCGGGAUGCCACAAGAUACAUGGAUGGGCACCAUGUCAAGGACAUUUCGUGUUUGAAUCGGGACCCUGCCCGCGUAGUAGUCGUGGACUGCAAGAAGGAAGCCUUCCGCCUGCAGCCCUACAAUGGCGUUGCUCUGCGGCCCUGGGAUGGCAACUCUGAUGACCGGGUCUUAUUGGACCUGUCUGCCUUCCUCAAGACCAUUGCACUGAACCGUGUAGAAGAUGUCCGGACUGUGCUAGAGCAUUACGCCCUGGAGGAUGACCCACUGGAGGCUUUCAAACAGCGGCAGAGCCGGCUAGAGCAGGAGGAACAGCAGCGCCUGGCCGAGCUCUCCAAGUCCAGCAAGCAGAACCUUUUCUUUGGCUCUCUGACCAACCGCUUAUGGCCUCGCUCCAAACAGCCCUGACUUCUGAGCCUCUGCAGACUCACUGCCUAGGUCCUGGGCCCUAGGCCCCAGUGCUCCCAGACCAUGGCUCGGGCAGCCACAUCCAAUAAAGUCCAUCCCAGAUGCCACA